AUGUUGAUUUUUUCAUUUAUUCUAGCCAUUUAUUGUUGCUUUGUCUACAACAUUGGAGCUGCUGUAGAGAAAAACACCCCGCUUGUGGACUUGCAGAGAAGAAUUUUAAGGAGACUGGUAAAUUACAAUGAAGAAAUUUCAAGUGUUGAUGAGGGAAAAGCUCUGAUGAGAGAUAGAAUACGAGGAGUUCGUGUUCUUGUCAUAUUGGACGGUGUGAAUGAUGGAAGCCAGUUGGAUGCUGUGAAUGGGGAUUGGUUUGGGCAUGGUAGUAGAAUCAUCAUUACAUCUCGAGACCAGCACAUACUCAAUCUUGCUAAGGUCGACUCUGUUCACAAAAUGAGUGGAUUACAGCAGCAUGAAAGCCGCCAGUUGUUUAGCUGGCAUGCUUUUUCAAGGCCAUUUUCAGAUACCCCUUACGAAGAGCUUUCUACAAGAAUUUCCCAGGCCUGUUGCGGAAAUCCUCUUUUACUAGAAGUCAUUGGAUCACAUUUGUUUGACAAGAAGGAGCCCAACGAAAUUCAGUGUUGGGAAGAAACUCUCCUUAACAUUGGAGAAGAUCCAAAAAUGUCUAGGUUCCUUCGGAUCAGUUAUGAUGGACUUGAUGACAUUGAGAAGGAGAUAUUUCUGGAUGUAGCUUGUAACUUUGCAGGUGAGAAGAAAAGGCAUGCAGUUAUUUUCUGGGAAGUUUUAUAUCCGAAUAAAGUUCAAACAGCUAUCAAGAAUCUUUUGCUGAAAAUGCUUAUAAACAUCAGUGGCCCACAAGAACUCCUACAUAUGCAUGACCUUCUGCAGGAAAUGGGAAGAGGAAUUCAAAAGGAAGCUGAUAACAAUAGCAGACUGUGGCUGCCUAUGAGCACACAUAAUGCCUUGAACAGAGACAGAGCAGAGAGAGUGAAGAAGCUUGUUUACACAGGAUACAAUGAAAGUGAGCCUGUUGUCCCGCAUAGCAUGCCUUCUCUGCGCUACCUAUUUUUGCAAAACACAAAAGUGCUGAGCAACAUUGGGAAUCUAGCUCCAAAUUUGAUAUGGAUAAGAAUUAGAAAUUGUGAAUUUCUAAGUGAUAUAUACACAUGGUUAAUAUUAAGAAACAGACUCCAGUUUGAUGGCAGUUGGUCCCAAAUCAGGAUGUUUAGUCUAGAGCUGUGUGCAAGUCUUACCAGAACACCAAAAACAGUUAACAAUUCGGUGAACCUCCAGAGCUUGAAUUUGGAGGAUUGUUUGACUCUCACAACUAUCCCAAACUCGGUCGGCAACUUUUCACAACUGAAGCAAUUCAAUUUGGGCGGCUGUGCAAGUUUAACAAGCCUUCCUGACACUGUGGGCAACUUGAAGCAGCUAAAAGAUUUGUCUUUGGGAGGCUGUACAGGUCUCAAAAGCCUCCCCAGCACUGUAGGUAGUUUGGCUCAGCUACAAGUGUUGAAUUUGUAUGGAUGUAGAGGCCUAAGGGUUCUUCCUAACUCAGUGGGCGAGUUGGAAAAACUGCAAGUGUUGAACUUGCAUGGUUGUGAAGGUUUACAAAACCUUCCUUCCAAGGUUGGCAAUUUAGCUAAGCUUAGGAUGUUUAAAUUUUCGUGGUGCUCAGGCUUCGGAAGCUUGCAACAUAUGGAAUCUCAAGUCAGCUAA